GACCAUCCAUUCAAACCUGAAAGCCACCGUUGCAUGCUAUGGCUUUUGAAAAGAAUAAUCCUAAAAUAGAAACUUACAGUCGAUAAACAACGCCGUAUAAUAUAUUGGUUAUAUAAACGAAAACGGGACAGUUUCUCUGCGCAAUUUAGAGUUCGAACAUUUCGACUACGUGGCGGAGGAAGACCAUAGUAACAGCUUUGUUGUCAAGGAGUGCGACGUCCCACUUUGGACCGAAGUACCAAGGCGUAGUGAUAUUGAAAUUUGGGCGCACAGCAGCAGAAGAUAGUGCUUGACAAUCGCACGGGUGGAAAGCAAACGCUUGGGUUUCCGUUUAUUUCCUCUACAUACAGACUAACGUACUUCACACUAAAAUACAAUGGCUGAUCAGCUAACAGAGGAGCAGAUUGCUGAAUUCAAGGAGGCCUUCUCCUUAUUUGACAAAGACGGUGAUGGCACCAUCACUACUAAAGAGUUAGGGACUGUCAUGCGGUCUUUGGGCCAGAAUCCUACAGAGGCAGAGCUUCAGGAUAUGAUCAAUGAAGUUGAUGCUGAUGGCAAUGGAACAAUUGAUUUCCCAGAGUUCCUUACUAUGAUGGCCAGGAAGAUGAAGGACACGGACAGCGAGGAGGAGAUCAGAGAAGCAUUCAGAGUUUUCGAUAAGGAUGGAAAUGGUUAUAUCAGUGCAGCAGAGUUGCGUCAUGUCAUGACAAAUCUGGGGGAGAAGCUUACAGACGAGGAAGUGGAUGAGAUGAUCCGGGAGGCAGAUAUUGAUGGUGACGGCCAGGUCAACUAUGAAGAGUUUGUCCAGAUGAUGACGGCAAAGUAAAAACUGGAAACCAAAAGGAGCACAACAGACCAAACAGUGGGCAGCACUCUCACUGUCAACCUUCAACAAGCAUUCACAACCCAAUCUCUUACUCCUCUCCAUUUAGUUUUGCUCUCCUCCACUUUCCCUUAGUUUGAUCGGUCCUCUGCUCUGCUUGUUUUUCCAACAUUAUCUCCUGUCAGCUUUUUCCCUACAUUAUCUGGUUUUCUUUGGAAGAAAAUAUUACAUGCACAACAAAGUUUAAAUCUUGCAUAUAUGAUGGUGAUGAUAACAGCAGUGUAACACAUGUAUCAAUAUUUUAAAGAUUGUGACAUACUAUAUGGACAACAGCAAUGCAUGCUUUAUUUAUGUUUGGCAUGUUUCUGUGUUUGUUUGUUUUUUUUCUUCCCAGCUUGCCUCUUUUUCUAACUUGCUAGUUCUCCUUUAACUGCAUGUUUCUCAUGCAACCUCUGCUCAGUGGUCUUAGAACUGUAUGGUGAAUAACCAUUCAUGGAUAAUCAGGGGCUUUAUAUAACAAAAUGGCUCAAACUUCCAUGUCAUAGUGUGAUUGUUUUUGUAAGUGUAGAUCUGUGUGUCUGAGCGAGUGCUUGUAGUUGGAUUUAAAGUGGAGCCACGCAGUACAGUUUACGUUUUGGUAUAGGGCUUGUUCUUUAGGGACCGCAUAACAAACAUGUAAGAUAAAAAAAGAAAACUAGACAAACGUGCGUAGAAUAAUCCCGGAAAUGGUUAAUUGGGGACCAAUUAUUUCAGUUAGUUUGCUUGUUUUGCCCCUUUUUGUAUUAUUUGAGAGAAACAUGGUGGAAAGGCUUUGACCUUCUUUCCAACUUGUAUUUCCUCACUAAUUUCACUACCGCAAAGCAAAUGCCACCUAUUUGUUCUAGACUGGUGUAGGGAGGUUUAAUGUUUGGUUUGAGCUCUAUUAGUGUGGAGUUUGUACUGAAGAUGUAGAAUAGUUUCACCUUAAAAUAUACAGUCUUACAUUUCGAUGCUGCACUCGGUGUCCUAGGCAGUGGACCAUUUCUGUCUAGGGAAAAAUAUCAAAUUUAAGCUGUGUGCUGGUUCUUCCUGCAGGCUGUUCAAUAUAUUUGUAUACAUCAAAAGCACCUGCAUUUUAUGAUCUUUUUAGAAUCUUUUCUCAUAACGGCAUGUUUUUCUCUUCCAUGGUCCUGUUAGGUGUGGUCCAUGCACAGUGGCAAAUGGGAUGGUGCGUAAUGCUUGUCAUCCAGUUAGACUGUGUCUGCCAUGUUGGUGCAGCAACUGCUGCCAUGAAACCUGCAAAUGCAGGCGCUUUGAAUGAAAUCCAUUUUUUUGUAACUGUAUAGACCAAGGUUAAACAAACAGCGCUUAAUGGUAGAAUCACAUACAUUAUGGUGGUAGUAUUGCAUCUUCUGCCCCAGUUCUUAAUUUAUUCUACUGUUGUGUUUUCUUUUUUAUGACCUUUAUAUGCUGUUUUUUCGAUCUGAGUUUACUGUCUGGUUCUUUUUUUUUUUUUUUUUUUUCCUCUCUUCUUCUGCCCAUAAGGUAAUAUAGUAAAAAUGAAAGGUUAUGCAUUCCAUUGCAGAACUCUGGUUUUCUUGCUAAAUAAACGUCUUGGACCUCUGUUUCUAAA